AUGGAAAAGGAAUUUUAUCAAAAAAUGGAGAAAAUUACCAUCAUGUUUAUUGAAUUUUGGAAUUAAUUAUUAGAGGAAAUUCCAGAUAUUUAUAAAUUAAUUUAACUUGGAUAUUUGUUGUUAAAUAAAAAAUAAGAAAUAGAAUAAGACUAUCGUAAAGUUACCUAAUAAAAUAGAAGAGCAAAAAAGUUAAAAAGAAUUUAUUAGAAAUAUACAGAAUUAAUUCUAAAUGAUCUAAAUUUUAAGACAUUUUAGUUUGAAUUAAGUAAUCAAUAGUUUUAAUAUAUGUAAAUUGAAGAUAUCGAAGAAAUUAGUAGUUAACCUGAUCCAAUUAUUGUUAUUUAAAAACAUCUUAAUUAAGAUUCCAAUAUUAUGAAUGUAAAUAAAUCAUUCUGCAGUUUGUUAGGAUAUUCAAAGACAGAUUUGAUAAAAAGAAAUCUGAAUGAAAUAAUGCCUGAUAUGUAAGAAUUCAGUUAAUUUAAAUAGAUAUGCUUCUAAGCAUAAUUAAUGUAUUGAAAACUAUUUAUUACAUAAAAUAGAAGCUACAAAUUAACAGAUAAUUAAAUCAUCUCAUGUCUAUAUCAAAACGAAAAACAAAUAUAUUCUCCCUAUAAAUAUAAAAGUGAAAUUAUUGGAGGUGCAUCAUAAUGAAUUAAUUUUAUUAGGCAUUUUAGAAUAUAAUUUUUAAUAGAGCAAUCAAUGCUAUAUUAUUUCAUCUCCGGAAGGUAAUAUAACAGAUUUGUCCUCUAAUUGCAUCUCAUUUUUAGGAAUUGAUCUAUAAUCAAUAACACUUAAUUAAAUAUUGAUUUCAGAUUUAUUCCCAGAAAUUCUCAAAAAUAAUAAUUAAAUUUUUAAUAAGUCAGGGUUUUGUGUAAUCUAUAAUGAUCAUUUAUAAGUACUAAAGGCAAGUAAAAGAUUAAAACAAUCUAUUCAUUCAACGUCUACUUAUAUUCCUAAAACAAAAUUCAAUUGUAUCAUAAAUUAUAUUCAAUUUAAUUGUUUAUUAGAAGAAUAAGAUCUUAAAUAUGGCUUAGUGAUAAAAUUAGAACAAAUUAAAACAUCAUAGUAAUGUAAAUAGGAAUAUUUGAUUCAAUAAAAUACUAUAAGAAGUCCAGGCAUUAAAGUAAUAGGAUGUUUUAGAUUUGCUCAAAGAUCCUUGACUUAUAAAAGUAAUAUCAAAUAUAAUAAUUUAAGUGGAGAACAUAAGAUUUAAUGAAUUAGAUAGUUUGAAUAAUGAUACAUUAAUAAUGGAAAGCUCUUUAAAUUUUUCUAAGUUAGUGGGAUGUAUGAGAAUGUCUAGACAUUUAAAAACAUCGAUUAAACUUAACUAUGGUGAAGGAAUUAAGAUAAAGAGAUUAAUAUAAAAUUAAAUUAGUGAUAUUGAAGAUAGUUUAGAAUUGGAUGCUAAAAAGAAGGAAGAAGUUGAAGAUUAAGAAGAAAAGGAAGAAAAUGAGAAUAUUAAAGAGAGUGAUAUAUUUAGUUAGAGAGAUACUCUUUAAUCUUAGUUUUUUUAAAAGAGUUUAAUUUAAAAGGAAUUAGAAGAGAAACCAAUCUCAUUUAUAAUUAAAAUAUCAUCUAGGAUAAUUCAUUCACUUUUAUUUGUAUUAUUAUUAUUGCAAAUCUUAUCUUAUACUUUUAGUAUAAAAAAUGAAUAAGAAUUGUUAAAUAAUCUUCCAUUAAUCAAUUAAGUUAAUUAAAGAAUGUCAAAUAUAUUCAUGAUUUAAUCAAUUUUAUAAGAUAUUCGAUUCAUAAAUUUACACUAUUUAGUUAAUAUAUCAAAUAUAUCUUAAGUAUUGAAACAAAAUUUUGAUAUGCUAGAAUAUGAAAUCCAAUAAUUAAAAUUAGUAUAAAAUGAACUAUCAUCAAUUAAGGUGGAAACUGCAGAUAAGUAUAAGGAACAAUCUUCUAAAUAUCAUGAAAAAAUAAUUAUAAUGGUAGACAUUUAUGGAUAUAUAUCAAAUUUUACAUUUAAUGAAGCAAUAGAUUAGUUGAUAUCUAAAGCAACUCAAUUAUAAAAUAGUGAUUUAACAUUAUUUGAUUAUUCAAAACCAGAUUUCUUUUAUUACAUUUAUAAUUCUUUAAAUUAUAUCAUAUGGAAUGGAAGGAUAGCUGAAACUUAUUAUUGGUUUUAUAUAUAAACUUUAAUUGAUACUAUAAUUAGUUAUGAAAUAUUGUUUUUUGUAUUGAAUACUUGUAUUUUGAUCUCAUUAACUAUUUCAAUAUUUGUAUUUUUAACAUAGAUUUAAAAAGAAACUAAUAAAAUUGCUUAAUCUUUAAUAUUUUUAAAAGAAUCAAGCAUAAAGGAAUAGGUGAGAAAUUGUGAAAAUCUUCUAGUUAUUUUACAAUGUGAAGAUUAAGAGGAUGUAUUAAUUUAAUUAAUAUUCCAUAGCAAGAUUAUAAUUAAAUUGAGAAUGAGAAUGAGGAGUAUAAUGAUAAAAAAGAGAUAUAAAGUAAAAAAUAAAAAAAAUUUUAAUAUUCUGGAUCUUAAUUAUCAAAAUUAUUAGUGAAAACUGCAUUUAUUGUUUCAGUCUUUUAAUUGUUUUAUAUCUAUAUAUUUAUAGAUAGCAAACUGAUUUCAGAUGAAUAUAAUGAAUUGAUGCCUAUAAUUAAUUAGACUUCUAUAGUUGAAAGUUAUUAUAGAUUAGGUGAUAAUUUUAUAAGAGAAUUGUUUAUUAAUCCAAACAUAAGUAUUUUAAAUAGUCCUAACAAUUAAGCAACUGUGUUUGGAUAUCUUGAACUCUUAUAUAAUUUAAAUGCUGAAUUAAUGGAAAUUAAUAAUAAAUAUUAAGAUAUUUUGGAUUAAGAAUAUUUAAUUGCUUUUAAUUAGAUCUAUUUUAUGAACUCAUGCACAUAUUUAUUUAAGAAUUAAUAAAUAUAAGAAUGUGAAAACUUUGAAGAUGGUAUUUUAGUAUAAGGAUUGUCUAUUGGAAUUAUUAAAUACAUUGAAGAUUUAAGAAUUUUCUUAACAAGUUUUAAAUUAUUUGAUGAAUUUUAAAAUUAUAAUUUGGAAUUCAAUUUAAGUGAUGAUAAAUUGAUAAAUUAUGGUUUAAAUUUAUUGAAUACUAAACGAGGAUCAGAUAUUAGAAUAAUGUAAUAAAGGUAUUUAAGAUCAGCUUAAAAUUAUUUAAAUCAAUAUCUAUAAUAAAAUAUUGAAGCAAUAUUUUAAUAGUUAUAAUUAAGAAAAACAAUCCUUUUUAUAUGUUUCUGUUUUAUGAUAUUAAUAGUUACAAUUAUGAUAUGGUUACCUACUUUUUAGUAUUAGAUAUAGAAUUUAAUUUAAGUAAGAUGUAUGUUGACAUUUUUAACUCCAAGAAUGCUUAAUAUGUAUAUAAAAUAAUAAUAAUUAGUUCGAAAUCAAUUGUAAUACAUUUAAAAUAGGAAGGAAUGAUUUGA